GUCCAUCCGUUUGAAUAAUUAUGGUUGGGUUGAUACGUCGUUUAAUUGGAAUCUGGUGCAUUGCAUGUAACAGUUGCUGAUCACUUGUUGGCUAAAUUGGCAGUUACCGUUUGAUAAAUUCCGACAACUGGCAUUGUAAAUUGGUUGUCCGGAUCGUUUGCGACCAGAAAUAUUUCUGGCGUCGAUGCCAGACCUGUUAGGAAAUAGCAAAAAUGAUUUCCGCUAUAAGGGUGUGGAUUGGCCUAGCUUGUUAUCUUCUGUUCAUAUCGGCAGCAGUACCGGACCGAAUAAAACCGUCUGCCUUUGAUAACAGCAACGUCACCGGAAAUGGCAAUCAAUCUUUGAGCACAGCUGCAACAGCUAACGACUUUGUAAAAAAGUCGUUAUCGAGAACCGAAUUUUUACUGAGCCUUUUUCCUAAAAAGGCAAACAUUUUCGGUCUCAUGGAUUUAACGGAAAAAAACAAAAACAAGUCUCGCAGUUUGAUUCGUACACCUCCAAGAACUUACAACUCAUAUUUGAAGUUCAUGGAAGAAUACCGACGCCGUCAAAAAGGAGAUGACGGCAAAAUACUGAUGUCUACCAACGUUGCAAAGAGCGACACAGAGCAUCUUCGAAAGAAACGCAUGUCCGGGUACGGAGGAGGCGGAUCAUAUGGUGGCGGCGACAGUUACGGUGGAGGAGGAGACAGCUACGGAGGCGGAGGAUACGGUGGAGGCGGGUAUGGAGGGAAAGGUGACUCAUACGGGGGCGGAGGAUACGGCGGCAAAGGUGACUCCUACGGCGGUGGUGGAUACGGUGGGAGCAGUUAUGGUGGCGGCGGCGGUGGCUAUGGGAAAGGUGAUUCAUAUGGCGGCAGCAGUUACGGGGGUGGCGGAUACGGAGGCAAAGGGGACUCAUACGGCGGAGGCGGAUAUGGUGGCGGUGGCGGUUACGGAAAGGGAGAUUCCUAUGGGGGAGGCGGUUACGGAGGAAAAGGUGAUUCUUAUGGGGGAGGCGGUUACGGAGGAGGUGGAUACGGAGGCAAAGGGGAUUCAUACGGGGGCGGGGGAUAUGGCGGAGGUGGCUAUGGAGGUAAAGGUGACUCCUACGGAGGUGGCAUGAGCUAUGGUGGAGGCGGAUAUGGCGGCAAGGGCGAUUCGUAUAGCGGUGGUGGUUAUGGUGGAAAAGGUGAUUCCUAUGGAGGUGGCGGCUACGGGGGAGGAGGAGGGUAUGGAGGAAAAGGGGAUUCUUACGGUGGAGGAGGUUAUGGGGGAGGUGGAUAUGGUGGUAAAGGUGACUCAUACGGUGGCGGUGGUUACGGCGGAAAGGGAGACUCUUAUGGAGGUGGCGGCAGUUCGUACGGUGGAGGUGGUUACGGAGGCGGCGGCUACGGCGGCGGCGGCGGAAGUUAUGGCGGUGGUGGUUAUGGUGGCGGAGGGUAUGGCAAAGGAGAUUCAUAUGGAGGCGGAGGUUAUGGAGGUGGAGGAGGGGGUUACGGCGGUGGUGGAGGUGGCUACGGGGGUGGUGGUUAUGGUGGUGGCGGGCAUGGAGGUGGCGGUUAUGGCGGCGGUGGUGGCUAUGGUGGUUGGGGAGCAAAAUAUUAACUGCUCCCGUAUUCAACCUACCAAAGAGCCAGCGUGUGGAUACCGGCACGAGCCUGCUUUCCUCGCACAAUCAUUUGUGCGCUUUACUUCCGGCGCAGCGCUGCACGUAGUGUGCUUUCCCUUGUUUUUGCUAAGACAGCUGAAAAGUAUUAAACUAAACUUUGUUUUCAUGCUUUACUAUCGCCUGCACGGUGGAUGUUCAUUGUUCAUGCAAUGUAGUGCAACUGGUCUCGAUACUGAAAAAUAUAUGCAUUGUAAUGU